AUGACUUCUCCAGCUCCUCAAAUCCAGAUCUUGGAAAAGGCAGACUAUACGAAGCAACAUCUGGUCACUCUCCAUGAUGCAUACCCUCUACCUCGGCUAGCAGCUGGCCAAAUCCGCAUCCGCAGCCGCAUCAUCUCCAGCACGACCAACAAUUUCACCUACGCUCGACUUGGCCACCUCCUUGGCUGGUGGGAUGUCUGGGCUGCGGUUCCGUCUCUGCCCGCACCCUACAAUGACGCUUCCAAAUACGGCCGCGUCUCGGCCUGGGGCUACUGCGAAGUGACAGAGAGCCAAAACGACAAGGUGCCCGUUGGGACCAAGCUGUAUGGCUACCUCCCCAUCGGAGACUAUCCCGAGACGCUCCAGGUAGCCGUUGAGGAUGAAACCGGCCAUGUUCUGGAGACGAAGACAGACUUAAUGGCAGACAAGCCCUCCCGAGGCUUGGACUCGGUCAUGCUGCCUUUCUUUGAGACGAGCUACUUGUUGAACCGAUACACCUUUGCCUGGGAACCAGAAAAGCGGACGCAUCCUCUGGGCCUCCCACUUCCCUGGAGCUCAGACGAUGCCGAUCUUGCAAAUGCCGUGGUGGUGAUGCUCGGCGCAUCGGGCAAGACCGCACUCUCAUUCGCAUAUCAGCUGCGUCAAUCAAGGCCCGUCGAACAACAGCCUCGCAAGGUUGCGGCGGUUGGUUCGGCCGCAUCCCGCAGCUUCACCGAGGGCACCGGCCUGUUUGACGAAGUGAUGCUGUAUGCAGACGCCCCCAGUAUUACGGAUGGGCACAUCGCGGCCAGGCUUGGUCUGGAUGCCGACACCAAGGUUGUGCUUGUCAAUUUCGCAGGGAGAGGCACGAUUGACGAGGACUUGCAUAACAUCUUCGUGCGUGUGUGUAAGCGCGUCAAUGUUCUUCUUGUUGGCGGCGAUCCUCAGGGGGGAGGAUCCAAGCUGGGCGCUCUGACAGAAGUACCAGGGAGCAACGUCGUUUUGUGCAAUGCUUCCGGCCUGCGGGAUGCUGCCAUGGAGAUUGAUAAGACGGCGCCCUACUUUGAGAAUUUCCAGCGUGAAUGGAGGCGUUUCAAGGAAACGGGGGCUGUCAAGGGGUUCAAGCUGCGUUGGGGCAAGGGAAUGGAAGAGUAUACGCAGGGCUGGGACUCGCUCUGCAAUGGAAGCGUUGAUCCAACUCUUGGGUUAGUUUAUGAGAUAUGA